AUGCCCACAAGACGCAUAAGGAAGGCCUUGAAGGCUGAAGGCACCUGUUCACUCGUAUCCUCCUUCUUUUCCUCUUUGUUUUCCUCUGUUUUAGAGUCAACUGAUUGCGAUCCAGAGCGCUCCGCAGGUGUUGCCUGCUCCGUGUCCUUUUUCUCCGACUUCAUUGUUGCCUCCGUCUUCAAUGUUUCCGUAGUCUUCAUGACUUUCAACGGUUUCGGUGUUUCAGCUGGCUUUACUUCAGCCGGCUUUGAUUCUGCUGUUGGCGUUACCGCUGGACAUUGCCCCAUUCCUUCCGCAGCUUUCGCCUUUUCAGACGCAUCUGCUGCUCCCUCAGCCUUAUCUACGACUACCGAUUUACCUUCUCCUUCAGCCUUUUCCGCUUCUUCCUUUGCGGACGACUCACCAGGUGGCGCAUCCUUGAAUUUGAGGUGCACAAUCCAACCAAACGUUGCCACAACGGUUACGACCAUCAUAAGAAUUAGGUGA